AUGGAAUUCCGGCGAUACUCGACUCUAUUUCCGUUUCCGCAAAUGGCCGGAAAUGAAUUCAAAACACCCUGCACUGGCAUCCGAUCCUACAAGCUAUCUAAAUAUCUGAUAUUCAUGAGCAAUGAUAUGCACCGCUGGGCAAUUCUAUCAGAAUAUGAAUGGGAUGUUGUAUUGUCGGCGAGUUGUUCAAAGAAAGCCUAC